AUGUCGAGAGACAUUGAUAAAAAUCCUACUUUAGUAGAUUUCAAAAAAACGAACGUUGAGUCUGAGGAGGUUUGCUUGUUGUCCGAACCUUCGAGUGCUUAUGAUGCCGCAGAUAACGUCAAUGGGAAUGAAGACCAGAACGGAGGAUACGCUUUGCCCAGACACAAACUACGUAUUGUAGUCUCCAGUCUUUAUAUCUGUGCCUAUUUAGCAGCCCUUGAUGCUACUGUUGUAUCCACACUUUUAUCCGUCAUAGCUUCCGAUUUGAAUUCAUUUGGGAACAUGUCAUGGAUUGCAACUGCUUAUCUACUUUCGUGUUCGGCGCUACAGCCAAUACACGGAAGGCUUUCUGAUAUAUUUGGACGGAAGAUUUUGUUAAUAGGUUGUGCUGUGUUCUUUGCUCUUGGUUGUUUGAUUUGCAUGGCCCACUCUAUGACGUUUGUUGUUAUUGGAAGAUUUAUAGCAGGGAUAGGGGGUUCGGGAUUGACUACCUUAACCACAAUCAUUUUGUCUGACUUGAUUCCUCUUCGUGAUAGGGGGGUUUAUCAAGGUUACACUAACCUGUUUUAUGGUUUAGGUGUAGCUACUGGUGGUAUAUUUGGUGGGGUCAUUAACGAUUACUUUGGUUGGAGAUAUGCGUUCGGUUUGCAGGUUCCACUAGCUUGUAUAUUAGGUGUGUCCCUUUACUUCAACUUGCAGUUUCCUAAAGGGUCGCCUGGUUUGGGGUCCCCAGGUCACUUUAAAGAAAAAUUAGCUAAAGUGGACUUUUUGGGACUGACCUUGUUGGUAUCGGGCCUUUUGGUGCUUUUAACUGCUGCUUCUAUUGGUGGUAAAGAAGUUGCGUACUCUUCGAAACCUUUUAUUGGCUUGUGUUUGGCGUCAGUGUUUUUGUUUGGUACUUUUGUGUGGGCUGAAUCGCAUACCCCAUUGCAACCGAUUAUUCCUAUAUCCUUACUAAGAAGAAGAACGAUUCUUGCAUCUUCCAUGACAAACUGGUUUUAUACGAUGGGUGUUUUUACUUAUUUGUUUUAUGUGCCAAUCUAUUAUAUUUCAGUUAUGGAUUAUAAUACCACCAAAAUAGGAAUGAGAUUAAUUCCUAAUUUCUUUGGCACUUCCCUUGGGUCUGUCGGUGCUGGUAUAUAUAUGAAGAGGACUGGUAGGUAUUACAAUCUUAUAAUUGUGAUUGGAGUCCUUGCAAUCGUGGGUAACUUGAACAUUUUGAGUAUCAAUCCAACCAUAAGUAACUUAAGACAAUUCACUUUAUUACUUCCUUGUGGUUUGGCUUACUCGGGUAUAUUGACAGCCACAUUAAUGUCAUUGAUAGCCGCGGUUCCAGCAAGUCAUCAGGCUGGUACCACGUCGAUUUCAUACACUUUUCGAGCUACAGGCUCGACUUUGGGUGUUUCCAUUUCGUCUGCUAUUUUCCAGUAUUCGUUACGCAGUAUGCUCAACUCGAAAAUACCCAGCAUUGUCAAUGACCAAGUUAUGUCCGAUUAUAUCAUUAAGCAUGCUUUACAGAGCACCAGUUAUGCAAGCAAGGCGCCAGAAUAUGUCCAGGUUGCUUUAAGAUGCUGCUACGAAUAUGCAGUUAAAAAGACUCUAUUGUUUUCCUUUAUCUGUGUAGUAAUUGGUGUGUUUGCAUCUCUUUUCAUUCAAGAACACGAGCUACACACGAGCAUAAAUAGAAAUAAAUAG